AUGCCGGCCGAUCCCUGGCCUUUGCCAAACCCGGGGCCCAGCAGCGGAAGCUUUGAUUUGGUGGCACCCGAUGAGGGACUGGGAGCCGGCACAGGCAUUAGCCGACAGGUGCAGGGAGAUGUGCCUGUUUCGGAUGCUGAAAGGAGUCCGAGGACAAAGCGCGCCCCGAAGGAGAUGCCAUCGCGCUUCAGGUGCAGUAUCUGCGGGACAUGCAUUGCCUCGUCGGAAGGCUUCGUCGAGGCCAGGGAUGAUUCCUUCGUGUUUCGGAGCUUGCAGCCGGGCGGCGGAGAGGCUGCCGGCCGUGUGGUCUGCCGUGAAUGCGACCAGGCCCUGGGCUUCAGGAGCGAUGGCUUGUUCUUCCUGCGAAAGGAUACUGUGGAGCAGAGGGCCGAAAAGCUGGAAGUCCUGGUGUGUAGCUUGAAGCUGCAAGAGAUCAGUGAUGUGAGUCCUGUGCUCGCGGACAUCUUUCCUUACAGUAGUGUUCAGGAACGACUGCUGCAGAAGGCAGAACUGCGUGGAUUUGCAUCUCUCCCAGGAAAGCCGGACUUCGUGGUGGUGGUCCACCGCAACGAAGGCCGCGCUUUGCUCACAGACCGCAACGGCUUCUACCACGAUGUGUUGGGAUGUGCUUACAGACAGACCCGCGGGAACGUGCUGGUAGUCCUGACCCGUGCAGAGCCGAAGGCGGAGGCGGACUUAUUUGACAAAGUCAUGCUGCGGUCACUGUCGACAAGCGGAGACCAACCCACAAUUGGCGUUUUGAGCGGACUGGGGCAAGUCCUCUCAUGGGGGACCGCGCCCUCUGCAACGCAGCUCCAGCAAAUCCUGGCGCUGAUGACAAGGGCGUACUUUCGUGAGCCUGGCCAGGCGUCUGUCGGCAUCCCGGCAAGCUGGACCAAAAUGUCGAAGUCUGGCUCCACUUGGUGUGCCCUACUGUGA